AUGUCGACCUUCCCUCCCCCACCCCCCACCGCCGCUAGGAGCCCCCUCGCCAGGGUGCGCCUCGACGACCUGGCCCCGUUCGACGGCGCCUCCACUCCGGCCUACGCGCGCGCAGUCGACGCCGUCGCCGCUUCCCUCACGCGCCACGGCGCCGCCGCCGUCGAGCUCCCUGCAGCGGACGCCGCUGUCGUCCGCUGCGCCCUCGAGUCCGCCCGUGGCUUCUUCCGCGCCCGCCCCGGCCUCUAUGUCUACCGCGCCGGGAGGGCUCUGGAUGAUGGAGAGUUGUCACCUGCUUGCAUGUCUGAUGCUUUCAGAUGUUUGGGUAAGGCAGCCCGUGCUGCUCUCUGUGCAAUAGCACGGAACCUUCGCUUACGUUCAGAUGCUUUCAGCCAUUUGCUUGAUGACAACCCAUUGCCUCUUGAUGAGGUUUCAGCUUCAGAAUUGAUGGUGUCAUUUUCUCAUGGACACCCCCAAAGCAGCCAGCCAGGCACCUAUGGUGGGCCUCAGGUUUGCAACCCAAAUGGUCAUUGGUACCCAGCAGAUGUGGGCUCAAGCCCUGAUGUCCUAUUGCUUUUGACUGGAAGAGCCUUGAGUCAUGUUACUGCUGGUCUACAGCUAAAUUCUCAGUACAGGAUCACUAAUAAUGGAAACAGGGCAUCACUCAUGUUUAGGCUGAUGCCUCGUGCCAAUGCUAUAUUGGACUGCUCUCCAAUUUCAGCUGCUGGGCAUUGCAUACCGCAGAUCCACCGGCCCAUAUCUGCAAGCCAGUUUAUGGAUGAUUUGCGUGCUGAAGAGAAUGUUUACCAUCACUUGGAAGCACCACCUGAAUCACAGGGAAACUUUGUUAAUGAACCAUCGCUCAGAAGUGUACUCUCAGACCCUUUGUCUGGGGCUUUUCUUGAAGAUGCUAUGGUUCUCUCAUGUGGGCACUCGUUUGGUGGCCUCAUGCUGAAGAAAGUUCUUGAAAUGGCAAGGUGCAGCAUUUGCAACGGAGAAGUUGAUGAGGCCUCCUUAUUUCCUAACCUUGCUCUAAGAGCGGUAGCUACAGUGAUGAAGAUGGAAGACGAUAGGAGGCUCUUUCAUAACGCUGCUCUUCGAAAGCGCCGGAAAGAAGUGACUGAGCAUAUGGACGCCCAAAGGCGAAAUGGAAGUAGCAAGGACAGUAUUGAGCUGGGGUUAGAUGCUGAAAGCCCUAGAGCGUUCAAGGGGGUGCAGUACCCGUUUGUGGCGGGUGAGAGAGUCGUGAUCAUGUUACAUGGAAAUGCAUUCUUUGGCGACAGUUACUAUCAAGAAAUGGUGGGAAACAAAAGGACGCCUGAUAAAUUCGUUGGGAAGGAGGCGGUGGUGACAUCACAGUGCCUGAAUGGCUGGUACCUUGUGAAGGCAGUUGAUAGCGGAGAAAGCAUACGGCUGCAGUACAGGUCGCUGAGGAAAGCGGGGGAGCUAAAGGAGGUGUUCAAGAGGGUGGAUGGCAAGGCCGCCGUAGCGGCGCAGCCCAGCUCCGAGGAGGAGAGGACCAAGGCCCUGCAGGCGCUGCUCUCCUGUCCAACAUCCUCAAUUCACACAGAGAAACCUCCAAAAGAUAUCCUCCAAGUGCAAAACAUGUUUCCUCUACCAAUCGACGACAAACUACUCCCAGGCGUUUAUCUCUGCGGAUACAAUUCUCAAGACUCAUUUGGGGCAACAUCGUACCUGGUAAUUCACCCACAAGGAAACAUACUGAUUGACAGCCCAAGGUAUACUCAAAAACUGGCGAACAAUAUUGAAAAGCUUGGCGGAGCGCGCUACAUGUUUUUGACCCACAUUGAUGAUGUGGCGGAUCACAGGAAGUGGGCUGAGCGGCUAAAAUGUGAAAGAAUAAUUCAUUCAGAAGAUAUGGCAGAGGCUACUGCAGAUGUUGAGUGGAAACUUGAAGGAAAUGGGCCAUGGAACAUCGGAACAGAUUUUGAACUUAUCCAUACCCCAGGCCAUACCCCAGGCUCGGUCUGCUUGUAUUACAAAUCGCUAAAGGUGCUGUUCACUGGAGACCAUGUUGCAAAGUCAGAAGAAUCAGAUGAUCUGAUUCUCUUUCUGAUGUACAACAGGCAACCAGUGAGCCUUCAGCUGGAAAGCAUCAGGAAACUAUUGGAGGUAGAAUUCGAGUGGCUUUUACCUGGACAUGGCUACCGAAUCAAGUACAAAGAUGUACAAGCCAAGAAUGCAGCCAUGGAGACCCUCAUAGCUAACUACACAAACUAG